AAAUAUAGAGUUUUUAGGUUUUUUUCUAUAUAGUUGAUAAACGUGCGUGAAGAUGGCUGAGAUGACGCAUUUACUGACUUUGUUUGUGCUCUUUUUAAUGUCCACUGUUUCAACGGCAGAUGAAGUCGAUGAAUCCUGUUUCGAAUUGUUUGAUCCAGAGGAACCAGAACAAGAAUGCUGUGAAACUGAUUUUGAAACUGAUGAUGAAGUUGAAUACGAGGAAGACUUUUCCGACUGUCCAACUGAUUUCAGCACAGAUGAGGGAAAGUGUGACACAAUAAAAUGUUAUUACAAGCACGACGGUGUCUGGAAAGACGACGACAUCGACGACGAGGCGGUCAAAACAAAACUACAAAGUAUUGACUCCAAGAACCCACCAGCUCAGAGGGCGGCGGAGAGAAUUCUUAAACAUUGCUUGAAUGGAAAAUAUAUGAAGUACGGAACAGACGACGCCUGUCCAGCCAUGAAGUACUUCCUCUGCAGCUAUAUAAACACCGUCGUGGAAUGUGAUUCGUGGAACAAAACAGAGACCUGUGCAAAGCAUUCGGAAUACGCUUCCAAAUGCAAAGUAUCCCUCGGAUAAUAUAGUGACAAAAACGUGAUAAUUGUAUCAAAAUAUUUCGAAAAAUAAACUUUUAAUGCUACUGAAA